AUGACCCUCGACUUUAAUGUUAGCGCCGGGGGGGAUGUCUAUCUGAACUUCGCCUAUGAACAACAGCAGCAUCACCAUCACCAGAAUCAACGAAACCCGAACCCGAAUCAGCAGCAGCAGCAGCAGCAGCUGGCCCAACGUCACCACCAUCCUUAUAACCUCUACCAGCAAUUCGCCUACCUGACCACGGGUACCAACGCCGCUUCCAUUACCCCUCCGCAUCCUUCCACCAUGACCAACACCCAAAGUUGGUCCGUGGGUGUCGACAUGGACAGCAUGUCCGCCUCUCAGACGGCCACCGGCUCGCCGGUUCACCAGGCUCAGUCGCAUUCGCCCCUGUCGCACUCGUCGAGCCCGCACAGCCAUCCCUCGCCACUCCAGCAGUCACCUUUCCCUCCCGCCGCCCCCACGGCGAGUCCCCUGACCGACUGGGCUCUCCAGCAGCAGCAGCUUCAGCAGCAUGCCGCCAUGAUGGCCCAGCAGCAGCAGCAGCAACGGCAGCAGGGUCAUGAUCAGCACCAGCAUCAGCACCAGCAUCAGCACCAGCAGCAGAUGUCGCCGACCGACAUGGGCCAUCUGAUCCAAGACCCGCUCAUGAGCUUCAACACCUUUUCCAACCUGGCCCCGGGUUCCCUCGACUACUUCCCGCCCACCACCGGUGCUCAGAGUGCCAUGCAGGCAAACCUGCUCGACUCCGCCUUCACCAUGCCCGGCCUCGACGAGACGACCCACGCCAUGCACUGGGGGGGCACCGGCAUGGACAACUGGCACGACUUCCAGAGCACCCUCCAGAUGGAAGGCCUGUCCCGCAUGGGCAGUGUGGGCAGCAGCUCGCCCACCAACACCUUCGUCGAGAUCCUCUCCCUCCCCUCCUCCUCCGGUGAGAGUUGGACCAUGGUGGAAUGGAAUCGGCCCAGCUUUGAGCAGUUUCAGCCUGCCCAGGGUGCCGCCAUCUUCAACCCUUCGCAGACUCUGCACCUGAGGACCAACUCGGGCUCGUCCGACGGCGCCAACUCGCUGGAUAUCGGAAGCUUCGAGGAUAUGCCGUUGUUCGCCUUCUCCCCGGAGUCGGAUAGCAACGGUGCCGCCGACAACAGCAGCCACCGCAACUGCUACACGGCCGACGGUCAGCACCACCACGCCCACGACCACGCCCAUGACCACCACGCCCUUGACCACCACGCCCUUGACCACCACGCCCACGGCAGCGUCAGCCCCACGACCGACGCCGUCGCUCCCAGGCCCAUCAAGUCGGAGCCCGGCUCGGCGCGCCACAGCCCCGGAAGCGGUGCCGGCUCUUCCUCCCCCCCCGCAAACGCGGCACCUCGGAGGAACUCGGGCGCCCCCCGCAGGAGCCCCAUCAGCAAGGCUGCCCCCAAGUCUGUCGUCCGCCGCUCCUCAAACGGCAAGAAGGAUGGCACCGUCGAGAAGAAGGUCGGUCGGAGAAAGGGCCCUCUUCUGCCCGAGCAGCGCAAGCAGGCCAGCGAGAUCAGGAAGCUGCGUGCUUGCCUCCGCUGCAAGUUCCUCAAGAAGACGUGUGAUAAGGGCGAGCCCUGUGGAGGAUGCCAGCCUUCGCACGCCCGCCUGUGGCAGGUUCCCUGCACGCGCAUCGAUAUCAAGGACAUCGGCUACUUCAUGAAGGACUGGAAGGCCGACCACGACAAGCACCUGACGCCCGGCGUCUCCAUCAGCAACAUCAAAGGCUUCUCCCAGAAGGAGACCCUCAUGUGGAUCACGCACGGCUACGGCUUCGUCCUGCCCGUCAUGGUCCGCCAGGUCUACGUGGCUGACGAGGAAUGCUUCAACGUCGACUGGGUCGAGUCGUACCUGACCCACCAGGAGCCCAUCGACUUCGAGACGCGCACCGAGAAGCUCAGCGUCGGCGUCGACGGCAUCAACCUGGCUGCGCUCGAGGAGUACCUCGACAACCACAUCGAGGGUCCCUUCGAGGACUUCAUCGACGAGCACUUUGAGGGCACGCCCUUCAUCACCGAGAUCCUCAAGACGGCCCACCGCUUCUACAUGAAGCAGCGCAUGCUCGUCAUCAAGAAGGCCCUCAAGCUGGUCCUGGCCUACAACCUGACCAUGCACAUCACCAUGGUCGAGAACCAGGGCUCCGAGGUCGAAAUGGAUGGACACAUUGACGACGAGGAGUCCAAGUACUAUGGCCGCACUGUCGCCCCAGUCAUGAUCAACUUCCAGAUCAAGUGCGCCCUGGCCGACAUGUGGCGCGAGCUGCAGAAGGACAUCCUCGAGGAGCUCUCGUCCCUAUACUCUGGCGUCUACAGCGGCGAGAAGAUGAAGAACUGGCCCACCAUCUUCAUGCUGGCCUCGAUCCUGCUGGCCGUGUGGGAGGAGAUGCAGUUUGACUCGCACUACCGCACCCCGGAUCCCGUCGCCGUCGACAAGUUCUGCAAUGACAUGGAGACGACGCCCGUCGGUGUCAUCGUCGGUCUCUUCCAUGCCAUCUCGCAGAAGCUGCCGGCCUUUACCGACUGGGACACGCGCAAGCACGGUCACCUGCUGCACGACAACGAGGCGGUGUGCGACGCCAUGACGGAAGUGAGGCAACAUGUUCUCAAGCAUGAAACUUACCUCCGUAACCGCAAAGAAGCUGCGUUUGACCGUUACGACUUUGACUCAUUGUCCAACAAGUUUGUGUCCAAGCUCGUCAUCCGCGCCAACUAG